AUGGCGGCAGUUGAGCUGGAGAAGGAGCGCGGGCGCAGUGCUGCUCUCGCUAUAGCUGCUGUGGUGUUUAUGGUGGGUAUCCCACUAUGGUGGAAGACCACCGAGACCUAUCGUGCGUGGCUCCCCUAUGCUCAAAUCCAAGAACUCGACAACUUACAGCUCGUUUUAAAUGUUGAAGUGGAGGUGGUCUUCUCUCCGGGCACGUUGGCCCCCGAACAGCUGAAGAAGUUCCCCUUUACCUCAGUCCGUGAGCAGGAACAUCAUGUUGACGCCAACACAGGUUUGAAGUACAGGUAUGAAACCAAGUACCGAACUGCAACCAUCAUGGAGGUAGAUGCCCUGAACCAACCCACCGCACAAGAUGCAGACCUCUCACUGCACAUGCUCACAGAGAGUGUCUGUGGGUCUGUGGUUGUGUAUGUGAUACACGAGUCCUCCACACUGCUGCCAAAGGAGGUGAAAGCGUAUGUGGGCCACAGGAGAACUGCACUACUGCGUACUCCACCUGGGAGAGAGUCUGGCAGUCUGAAGGGGUUUCUGGCGGCCCUUGACCUUGAGGUGAAACAGGUGGUUGAAACCAUGUCCUUCAGCCACCAGGACAUCCUUGGUGCUCUUAGCGAUCGUGUCCGCUUGGCCAAGGUUAGCAAGGAGAAUCUGGCAGAUAGCUUGAGGGCCAUAAAGUCCAGUCCAGGCUAUGAGAUCACCUUUAGUCUACUGAACCCAGAUCCCAAGUCCCACAGUCUACACUGGGACAUUGAGGGGGCUGUGCACAGCUAUAUUCAGCCCCUCUUAGACAAACUGGCCCCAGUAGCCAACUUCUCUGUGGACUCUCAGAUUCUGCACUAUGCAAUGCUAGGUGUUAACCCACGCUUUGACAACAACAUCUCAGCUUACGUACUCAGCGAAGAAAGCCUUGCCCAUGUCAUCAACCCUGUAGAGGCCAGGUUAGGCUCAAAUGCAGCUUCCUCUAACCCUGUGCUGAACUUCCUGCUCUAUAUCCCUGAUGCCCACCACUCUCCACUCCUCAUUCGUGACCAUAAUAGGAAGAUGGUACCUUCCAAUGCCUUCCACAGCCCCCGCUGGGGGGGUAUCAUGAUAUACAAUGUGAAUGACCUAUAUGGAAAUGAGGCUGAAUUUCCUGUAAACAUCAACAUUAAUAUGGCCAAAGUGAUGGGCAUCUUCCUGGCACAGUUACGGCUCAUGCUUGGGAUCCAGCAGGGCAACCCUCCCCCAGGUUUUAUGUUGCAGAGCGCAGGCAAUGCAGGUGUGGCUGACUGGGAGCUGGACAGGUUACUCUGGAGCCGCAGUGUAGAGAAUGUGGCCACUGCCAGCACCACUAUCAGCUCCCUGGCCCAGCUCUUAGACCAGAUUGGGAACAUUGUCAUCAAUGACAACAUAGCUAAGCAGGUGUCCAGCGCUGUGACGUCUUUGCAGGCAGCUGUGGCUGAGCUGGAGACUGGGAACUUAGACUUUGCCCUUCAGUACAGCAGAGAGGCCAUUUUGGCAUCCGAGAGGGCAUUUUUUGACCCCUCUCUGUUACAUCUUUUAUAUUUCCCAGAUGACCAGAAAUUUGCUAUUUACAUACCUCUCUUCCUGCCCAUGUGUGUGCCUAUUGUGCUCUCCCUGCUGAAGAUUGUCAAAGAACUGAGACAAAAGCGUACAGAAAAGCAGAGCAAACAGGACUGAGAAACUUCAGUGUUAACACAUAGACAUGGAAGUAUGUAUCGUGUGAACACUGAUGACUUUGCAACUGCCACCAUCCACUAAAUCCCUGUUUGGGCUCAAUACCAGUUUGGUAUGUGCACCCAUGAACAAAUGUCAGCCGCAUUACUGAAUUUCCACCAACACUGGAUGGAUUUAAUGGUUGGUACUCCUAUUUAUUGAUGAUGCUAUGGAUACAAAAUCUGUCCAACAGACAGACUUUUCAAACACUUCAAAGGUACUGAAAGUUGUGUUAAACACUGGAAAGUGUUACAUUUUGGAGUAAAACAAGGUCAUGUAUACAUUGAAUCAGUUAUAAUGCCCCUUAUGUGUGUAUAAUCUUCUAUGGAGCAACAGAAAAUUUUCAAGAAUGUGUUUUGAAAUAAAAUUUUGGCUGUUUG